AUGAAGCAGAUACCCAGGUUUGAGAAACGAAACGGGGUAUCGGUUAACGUUUACAUACUUAAAAAGAUGAAGAAUAAAUUCAACACCUACCCCACGUACCUAACCAGAAGGAAAGUUGAUAAACACAUCAAUUUACUGUUGGUACAGGAUAGAUAUGAAUAUGAUGAUGAGGAUGGGAGUACUACAUCUGUGAGAUACCAUUACGUAUGGAUAAAAAACCUUUCCCAUCUGCUUUCUUCACAACUUAGCAAAAAUCGCGCUAAAAAAUUCUUCUGUGACAGAUGCCUACACUACUUUUCAUCCGCGGAAAGACUAGCCAGCCAUUAUGUCGACUGCAAAAAUCAGAAUGACUGCAGGGUGCGAUUACCUACGGAAGAUCAAAAAGACCUAAAAUUUAAAAACUAUAAAAAUAAAGAAAAAGUGCCGUUUGUUGUGUACGCCGACCUCGAGAGUAUCCUUAAAGAGGAGGACUCCGGCAACAAGUACCAACGUCAUGUGCCUGCAGCAGUGGGUUACUAUGUAAAGUGUUCAUACGAUCCAUCAUUAUCCUUUUAUCGCUCGUAUAGGGGUGAGGACUGCAUGUCUUGGUUCGCUCACGAAAUGUCUGCGUUCGCCGAGGACGUAGAAACGGUUUUCUUAUGCCCUUACGAUAUUUCCAUGACGUCAGCGCAAGAAGCUGAAUUUCAUAAAGCCACUCAUUGCCACAUCUGUGAACAGCCGUUUAAGCCAGAGGACGUUAAAGUCCGCGACCAUUUUCAUUUGUCUCUGGAAAAUAACUACAGGGGCGCCGCGCACAACGCGUGUAACAUUAAUUACAAGAAUGGGGUUGUUAUACCUGUUGUCUUUCACAACCUGAGCGGGUACGAUGCCCACUUUAUUUUGGAAAAUAUCGCGAAUGACCUGCCGGAUACGCUAUCAUCAUACUUGACCGAGUUUCCAAAUUUAAAAUCAGAGUUUUCUGAACUAGCCGACGAUGAGUUUAAUUUAUUAACGAAAAAGGGGGUGUAUCCGUAUGACUUCAUGGAUAGCUUUGCUAAAUUUAAUAUCCAGUCUCUGCCGGAACAGCCGCACUUUUAUAACCGUUUAGAGGACAAGAACAUUUCGUCUAAACAGUUCGCGCACGCGCAAAAAGUUUGGAAUACAUUCAAAAUUCAAAAUUUAGGUGAGUACACGGACUUAUACAUGAAAACGGACAUUUUACUUUUGGCUGACGUGUUUGAGCAGUUUCGCAGCAGUUGCCACAAGACAUACGGUCUUGAUCCGGCUAAUUACUACACCCUACCUGGAUACACCUGGGACAGUAUGCUGUUUAAGACACGCCAGACAUUAGAACUUUUGACCGAUAUCGAUAUGUUAAUGUUUAUCGAACGGGGAAUUCGCGGAGGGCUAAGUCAAUGUUCUAAGCGAAAAAGCGUAGCAAACAACAAGUAUCUUCCAAAUUUCGACCCGAGUAAACCGGUAAAGUAUUUAACAUAUUUUGAUAUCAACAAUCAAUACGGUUGGGCUAUGAGCCAGUACUUGCCAUACGGCGGGUUCGAGUGGGUAGAUUCCAACAUCGACGUCACCAACGUAUCCGAUACUUCUCCUGAAGGGUAUUUGCUUGAGGUUGACUUGGAAUAUCCGGUUCAUUUACAUGACUUACAUCGCGACUUACCUUUCUGCCCCGAACAUAGCGCUCCUCCCGGAUGUAAAAAUUUUAAACUUUUAGCCACCCUUCAUAAUAAGACGCGGUACGUUAUUCACUAUAGAGCUUUAAAACAAGCAUUAAAGCAUGGUCUUAAGCUUACGAAAAUUCACCGCGUAUUGAAAUUCAAACAGUCUCCAUGGCUUAAGUCUUACAUUGAUCUGAAUACAGCAUUACGUCAGACAGCUAAAAACGAGUUUGAAAAGAACUUAUUUAAGCUUAUGAAUAAUGCUGUGUUCGGAAAAACGAUGGAAAAUAUUAGAAAACACUCCAUAGUGAAAUUGGUUAAUAAAUGGGAGGGGCGUUAUGGCGCGGAGGCCUUAAUCGCGAAGCCAGAGUUCAAGGCAGCCACAAUUUUCGAUGAGAAUUUGGUGGCUAUUGAGUUAAAUAAGACCGAGGUCUUCUUCAACAAACCGAUAUACGUUGGUAUGUCGAUUUUGGAUCUGGCCAAAACCACCAUAUUUGAUUUUCACUAUGAUUAUAUGGUGCCCGAGUUUGGUAACGACUGCUCAGUCCUUUAUACCGACACCGACUCGCUGAUAUAUGAAAUCAUCGAUAAAGAUGUCUAUGAAGUCAUGCAUCGCGACUGUCAUACCCGUUUCGACACAUCGGACUACCCCCCUGACAAUAGGUAUAACAUCCCUCAAGUCAAUAAAAAAGUCUUGGGUAUGAUGAAGGAUGAGUUUAAUGGUGUCCCUAUGGAACUUUUCGUAGGUCUUAGAUCUAAAAUGUAUAUGGUUAAACGAGCUGUUGACGAUGACAUGGCUUUAACAAAGAAGAUCAAGGAUAUAAAAAAAUCUAUAAUCAAAAACAUCAUCACGCUCGAGGAUUACCUCGAGUGUGUCGAUAAUUUUAAAAAUAAAUAUAUCAGACAAAAUUUAAUAAAAUCCGAAAAUCAUGCAGUCUUCACAAUGACCCAGGAAAAAAUAGCUUUGAGUCCGCACGACGAUACACGCUAUUUGAUAAAGGGGUCGUAUGAAACUUUACCAUGGGGCCACUACUGUAUUAUGGAAGAAUAA